GUUAAAUUUGGAACAGCGACUUGUUCUCAGUCAUUUGAAAAUUCCGGAGCCGACUUUUAAAUUUUGCAGAGGACUUCAACAACUGGUAGCACCACGAAUUACCUUAAUUAUCACGGAAAUUCCCGCCAAAAAUUCAUACACCUGA